AUGGGAGGCUAUCUUUCGUCACUGUCGAAACUUGUAUGGGCAAAGAAAGAGAUUAGGAUUCUGAUUUUGGGCUUGGACAAUGCUGGAAAGACAACUCUCCUCUACAGACUCAAGAUUGGCGAAGUCGUAACCACAAUUCCCACGAUAGGCUUCAACGUCGAGUCUGUAAACUACAAAAACCUCAACUUCAAUGUUUGGGAUUUGGGAGGUCAAACGUCUAUUCGUCCAUACUGGAGAUGUUAUUAUGCCAACACCGCUGCUGUCAUUUUCGUCAUUGACUCGACUGAUGUCGACCGACUCUCCACAGCUGCCGAUGAGCUUUCUGCAAUGUUGAACGAGGAGGAAUUGCGUGAUGCUGCACUGCUAGUCUUUGCAAACAAGCAAGAUCAGCCGGGUGCCAAGGGUGCUGGUGAUAUCAGUGAAGCUCUCCGCUUGGGUGAGCUCAAGGACCGGAACUGGACUAUCGUGGCUUGCAGUGCUAUUGAUGGCAGGGGUGUGUCAGAGGGCAUGGAUUGGAUGGUGCAAACCGUGCAACAAGACUCGUCGUGA